AUGACGAUGAUGAGCGAUCUUUCGGAGGAUUUGGUAGAGGAGAUAUUGUGUAGGGUUUCGAUAACUUCUCUAGGAGCAGUGAGAUCCACGUGCAAAGGAUGGUAUGUUUUAUCCAAAACUAGGGUUCUAUGUAAAGCAGAAACAAAGCAUCAGUUUCUAGGGUUCAUGAAGAAGAAUUAUAAGCUUUGCUCAAUGAGGUUUGAUCUCCAUGGAAACUUCAACGAAGAAGGAGGUGAAGAAUUCAUGAAUCCAUCAAUAAAGAAGUCAGGUAAUUUACUUGAUCAACUUGAUAUAUGUAAAGUUUUUCAAUGCGACGGGUUAUUGUUAUGCGUGACCAAAGAGGAAAACACUAGGCUCGUGGUAUGGAACCCUUAUUCGGGUCAAAUCAGGUGGAUCAAAUGCAAUAACUCUUACCACAGAUACGAAGGUUAUGCUAUCGGAUACAACAAUAACCGUAAACACAAAAUCUUGAGGUUUUCGGAUAUGUCAUUUUCUACUUACAAAAUCUACGAUUUUAUCUCUAAUUCAUGGAGGGUUCUUGAUAUUGCUCCCAACUGGCAUAUAAACCCUGAUCAACGUGGCGCGUCUUUGAAAGGGAACACUUACUUUUUUGCUAGGGAAAAAAGAGAGGAUGAAGAGGAUGAAGAUAUUCUUUGGCAGCCGGUAGAGUAUUUACUCUGUUUUGAUUUUACAACGGAGAACUUUGGUCAGCUUCAUCCUUUACCGUUUGAGCAAUAUAUUGACGACGCUGGAGCUCUCUCUUCUUUUGGAGAGGAGAAACUCGCGGCGUUAUUUCAGAGCUUCGCUAGUUCAGUUGUGGAGAUUUGGGUUACAAGUAUGAUUGAGGCCAAUGCAGUGUCGUGGAUCCCUUUCUUAAAAGUUGAUAUGAAACCACACUGUAGUUUUCGUUUUCGUUUGCCCUUUGACGGUGGCAGUUUCUUCAUUGACGAGGAGAAGAAAGUCGCCGUGGUUAUUCAUGUUGAUGUUGUCGCCGAAUCUGAAAUGAACCGCUACGAGGACGUAGCUUACAUCAUUGGAGAGAAUGGGUACGUUAAAAAAGUGUGUCUUGUAGAAGCUGUGAAUCAAGGAGGAUCUCUCAACUUGAGCAAACGUUCGUGUUGUAAUUACCCGCAUGUGUGUUGUAGCUCUUAUGUUCCAAGUUUAGCACAGAUCAACCAAAGUGUAGAAUUCGAAAAUGAAAGAGAAGAAGAGGAAGCGAACUAA